UGCGCACUUCCUUUUCGGCAAAUGCAAAAAUGCUUUUCUACUCAUUCUUUAAAUCGUUGGUGGGUAAGGACGUGGUGGUUGAACUGAAGAAUGAUCUCAGUGUCUGUGGCACAUUGCAUUCUGUAGAUCAGUUCUUAAACAUCAAAUUGACAGAGAUCAGUGUCACAGAUCCAGACAAGUACCCACACAUGUUGUCUGUGAAGAACUGUUUUAUCAGAGGUUCUGUGGUGCGUUACGUACAGCUCCCAGCAGAUGAGUGCGAUACUCAGCUAUUACAGGAUGCAGCAAGGAAGGAGGCAGUGCAAAACAAAAAGAGAUGAUAGAUUGUGUUGACACUUUUUGACUUCUUACAUUAUGACAUACCUUUGAACUUCUCCUGAAGCAUUAUGUACAUAAAACGAAAAAGUCCUUAAUGCAAAACAAAGCAAUUUUGCUAGCAGAUAGUUCUGUGCU